AUGGCCGACGACGACACUAUUGAAGAAACCAAGCAAACGCUGGUCCAGCGCUUCCGCGCCUGGGGUGAAAACUCGUUCCCACCAUCCCUCCUCGCAUCGCUGAUCGCAGCACAGCACAUGAAGCCAUUCCAAUUCUUCCCCAUGCUCUUCCCACCAGCACUGCUCUUCACCAGUUAUGCCAACCUGCAGGGCUUCAAGACCGACACAGCCGGUAUGAGCGCCGCAUUCUCAGGCCUGUACCUGCUCCUAGCAGCACGGCGUCGUCAGCCAUUCAUGAAGAAGUUCGGUGUGCGCGGUGUGGUGCGGGGUGCAACGAUGGGACUGUGUUUGGUUAACUUGAUCGGUGGUGGACUGGCAUAUACCCUUGGCAAGAGGGAGGAAGAGGAGGAUCAGUGA